UAGCCUGCCCUUUUUCCGCCGGUUAGGUUGUGCUCGAAGGACUGGGCACGCGCUUCUUUUUUCUUUCUGUCUCCGGUUAUUCCAACGGUUACCUGUUUCCAUUGCACGGGGGGAUCUUCUCUCAUUUUUUUAUCGUAGAGGUUUGCUGUUUUUGUUGUCCAGUAAGAAUGCAAGGAAACCGGGGACCUCGAUCAGACCAGCAAAACCAUGGUCCAAGAAGGCAGCAACCUCCACAUCAACACCAUCAGCAACAUCAGAAGCCAGGACCAAAUACAGACAGCAAUGGGCAACAUGUUGAAAACAGUGAACAGCAAGCUCCAGAGUCAGGGUUCACUAUUGAUCUGCAAAACUUUCGAAAGCCAGGAGAAAAAAUGUACACCCAGCGGAGUCGCCUGUUUGUUGGUAAUCUGCCACCUGGUGUGUCUGAGGAGGAGGUGGAAAAGCUGUUUUCAAAGUAUGGAAAACCGUCUGAGAUUUUCAUUAAUAAGGAGAGGAGCUUCGGCUUUAUAAGGCUGGAAACAAGGACCUUGGCAGAGAUAGCUAAAGCAGAGCUUGAUGAUACUCCUUUCCGAGGAAGGCAGCUGCGAGUGCGUUUUGCAACACAUGGAGCUGCUCUAACAGUAAAGAAUCUACCUCAGUUUAUAUCUAAUGAGCUUCUCGAAGAAGCAUUCUCUAUCUUUGGCCAGGUUGAAAGGUCCAUUGUAAUAGUAGAUGAUCGAGGAAGGCCAACUGGCAAGGGUAUUGUUGAAUUUGCAGCAAAACCUGCGGCAAGAAAGGCUCUGGAUAGGUGUGCUGAUGGAGCAUACUUGUUGACAGCGUUUCCCAGGCCUGUGACUGUGGAACCUAUGGAACAGUUUGAUGAUGAAGAAGGCCUACCAGAGAAGCUCAUUGUUAAAAACCAGCAAUAUCAUAAGGAACGUGAACAGCCUCCUAGAUUUGCUCAGCCUGGCUCUUUUGAAUAUGAGUAUGCUAUGAGAUGGAAAGCUCUUAUUGAAAUGGAAAAACAACAGUUUGAACAGGUUGAUAGAAACAUUAAAGAUGCAAAAGAAAAGCUUGAAGCAGAAAUGGAAGCAGCUCGCCAUGAACAUCAAGUUAUGAUGAUGAGACAAGAUUUAUUAAGGCGCCAGGAAGAAUUGCGCCGUAUGGAAGAACUUCACAAUCAGGAACUGCAGAAGCGUAAACAGCUAGAACUCCGACAAGAAGAAGAACGCAGAAGACGUGAUGAAGAGAUGAGAAUGCAACAGGAGGAGAUGAUGAGACGGCAGCAGGAAGGUUUCAAAGGAAACUUUGGAGAUGCUCAGCGUGAACAAGACAUGAGAAUGAAUAUGGGAGGAGCUACAAUGGGAAUGAACAGAAACGCACUGCCUAGUAGCACUGUGCCGGCUGGGUCUGUGACUAUCAAGCCUGAGGGAACACCCGGAAUGCCCAAUGAUCGCUUUGCCAUGGGAGGCCAAAUCGAGGGACAAGGAAGCAUGCCUGGUACCCAGGGAGGAUUUCCUCGUGGACCCCAGGGGGGUGACUUUGGCCCCAACAAACGUCGUCGAUACUGAAUGUUGUCCGUUUGAAUGUGACCUUUGAGCAAAACAGUAUAACCCUCUCCAGAUUUUUAAUGUGUAGAUACAGUAUGAUUCAUGUAUUUUUGUUUAUUACCCCCCAACCCCUCCCCCACCUUGGUUAGGUGGACAUAUAAUUGUUGUGGUUAUGCUUGGUCUUUUCUAGUCUAAUAGUCGAGAAUAGUUAUCUUAAAUCAGACUCUUACUUGAAGUAACUGGACCACAUUUGUAACCAGUUUGUACAGAUGAGGAUUGGCUUUUUUUUUUUUUAAAUAGAUUUUACACUUUUAUACUUUCUAAGCUUUUAAAAUUGUUUUUGCCUGGACAAAUGAAUACAAUUGCUUAACUCUGUAUUACUAUAGAUUUCGUUAUAGCAGAUGUAAUUUUUUGUCUGUUCUUACUGUUUGCAAAUUCUUUGCAUUUUAAAAUAAAUAUUUCCACAUUUAAAGCAAUGACUGUAGAUGCGUUGAGUUUAGGUGGACUUUAUCUACUGCAUAAGCUGAUUUAGGCAACCAUUUUGCUGAAAGUGUUAAAUAACCGGUGAUUUGCCCAGUGGAAAUGUUUUCUGGGCAGUCGUUACCUCUUUUUGGAUGUAUUAAAGCGUGCUUUUUUUUUCUUAAUGUGUAUGUAAAGUUUUGUCCCGGCUUAAUAAAAACUUGAACAGGUGUUUGAAGUUCAGUUAGAUUCUUUAAAAGGGAUUUCUUUAAUGUAGCAGCUUAUCAGCUGACUUUACCUCUGUUUAAAUGUAGUUUAGAAAAUUGUUUGCAUCUUACUACCUUUUAGUGUGGGAGGAGUUGGGGAGUAGUUUUCUUGUUUCUGUUGCAAGUAGGUUUUUUAUUUUAUAUAUAUAUAUAUAAAUGGAUGGACCAUUUUAACUAUCUUUUGUAUGUUUGAAUGGCCAAUUAGUUAUUCGCAGUUUGUGUAUAUUAAAAAAAUCUUGCAUUGAAGUAAUUGAGAUUGUAAACAUUCUGCAUGCUUUAAGAUUAUACAAAAACUAUAUUAACGCAUUUUUGAAAGGCAUACUAUCUGGGUGUUUAUUUGCAUUAGGGCUAUUUAAACCAACCCUGAGUUGCCACUUUUUUUGUUUAGCUUGAAUCAAUUUGCUUUUGGUUUUCAAGGUUGCUAGAUAUAAUGCUGGGGUAGAAAUUUUGAUUCCACGUUCUUUAAACAUGACUACAUCCAUGCUCAAAACAACUUUUUGUAUGUACCCUUUGCCUAGGUUGCUUUUUUUAGUGACCAUAUUUGCUUAAUAAAUAUAAACUACUGAUA